UGUUUCAUUAUUUAUAUUGUUGUUUUCAGCCAUAUUUGAGGCACUAUCACGACUACAGUACUUUCAAAGAUCCAACAUCGAACGUUACCAGCAAGUUCCAGCAGUUAUCCCGUUUCAGCUUGAACAAGUUCAAGUAUGGAGGUGCCAUGGGGCUAUAUAAGGGCCAAUUCUACAUGGUCAACUCAAAGGCGAGGGAAAUUAUGUUUUUCAAGAAAUACAAAAGCACUUUUAGAUAUUCGCGUCGGGUCAAGAUUACCAAGGAGCUGGGCAUCAGGUUUCUUGCCUUACCGAGAUAUCAGGAUUACUUAAUUGCUGACAUGACGAAGGUUUCCAUGUAUUUUUUGAUAAUAGAGACGGGUAGUUGUGGCUAUGCUCCAAUUUUACCGGAAAAGAAAAGAAAGCGUUUCAGGGGCAGUUCAUCGUACAGGAACUUUAUCCUGUGCCUGAUGAACUAUGGAAGGAAGAGAAGGUCAGGAUUAAAGGCAUAUUCUGUUUAUCGGUUCGAUAUCUAUGAGAUAAAGAAACAGGACAACGAUGUUGCGAACCGAAGUCAAAUGAUACACUCGUGCUCCAGACUGCCCUAUCACGUGGUUUACAAGAAAUCACUUCAACACCGAGAUCUUGUCAUUCGGAGAAAUGUGCCAAGUUGGUCUGUGAAUGCACACGGGAACCUUGUCGUAAUAACUGAUAUGGGCAAGAUUGUCGUGAUGUCGUUGCUAAAUCCGAAUACGGAACCUUACUCUCUGGAUCCGAAGGAGAAGUACGCCUGGUACCGACUGAUACCACACUCGACCCUUUGGUUCGAGAAAAGAGGCACUCUGUUCUUGUCCUUCAGUAAGAUGGGCAAGCGCAAGACGCAGAUGAUGGAGAUACAACUCCGAUGUGCUGGCUAUAGAACACUUGAACGGAUUCAGGAUAUCCAAGCUGUUUGCCGUGGAGUCAAAGGGACUGUCCCCGGUUCUGUUUUUAGGAUGUCUGUGAUCCCGGGCACGAACAAGCUGUUUGCCAUUUGUUUGGACAGUUACAAGUAUCAUUUGAAGUCAGUGUUUAUGUUUCAAAUCAUUGAUGAGCUGAACACAUAGACAAUACUAAACUUCUUUUAAUAGACUUACUGAGUUGAA